AUGCCGCCCAAAGCUGCCCUUACGAGCUCGUUCCCAUUACAGUCGACGGAUACCGAAACUGAGGUGGUGUGUCCUCUCACCAACCAAGAUGGAUCGCAGUGCCGGAAGCGGUGCAUUGGAGAAAAGCGGUAUAGGUCGAUGCAAGAACAUAUUCGACGCGCCCAUCCCGACUACUACAUCCCUAAACUGCCUGCGACCGAGGAGAGUUUCCAAUUGAUGAUCAGCACUCCUCCCUCACAGAAGCCACCACAACAACCAGCCGUGGCCGCUUCGGCUCGAAAAGGCCCUGCGGAUCCAAGUGACCUGGCUCCAUUACUGGAACAGGUUGGAGCCGUCACUGGACCUCCUCCAGCCACGGCCAAUGCCGCUGUUGCCCUUGCUCAAUUACACAAUUGGGAUUCGGAUUUUGAUGUGUUCCCUGACUCGGACUACAAGCGCGAUGCGUCGGCUGGUUUUGAAUUACCUUCUCUACGCGCGCAAUUCAGCGAAGAUACCCUGCCACCCUUCCAACCCUCUCGCACACGCGAAUUACUACCUUCUAUUUUGCAAUCUCCUGGCAGCCGGUACUCCUCCUUGCCGCCCCUACAACGACGCGACAAACUCCAGCGUCCACGGAAAACCUCCAUGGGCCAAAAUGCACGCAAGGGCAAACACGAACGCGGAAAGUCGAGGGAGUUCUCGUCCAAGGACUUUACCCGACGACUGAGCGUCGAAGGCCGCAAGGCCAUGUCUGCCGAACCGCCGACGGCGGCUUGGGUGCAGGGCAAGAGAUGGGAAGACCUGAUUGAGGCUGCGACGACGGCUACGGAGGCGGAUGAUGAUCGCGAUCUCACUCCCGUAAGUCAGACGACAUUUUUCGAUUGUCCUCUGUUUACUUGCUGCUGCCAAGAGAUCGAAAUUUUGUAG